AUGUCGAACGUCUCUCCCAACCCCAUUCCCUUCGCGGAGCCGCCCUAUCUAUGCGGUCUCCCAUCGCCAUACUACUCCCCCGGCCAUCAUCGAUUCCAGAAAGCGUGUCGCGCGUUCCUCUGGGAGCAUCUACUCAGCCAUGCGAUGGAUUACGAGAAGGCCGGCGAGGUCCCUGAACACGUCUUUGAAACCUUCUGCAAGCACAACAUGUUGAUCCCCAACAUGGGCGCUCCGUUGCCGGUGGACUGGCUGAAGCGCUUGGGGAUCCACGACAUUCUGGGCGUCAAGGUGGAGGAUUGGGACUAUAUGUACUCGGGGAUCUACUUUGACGAGCUGGCACGCUCCGGUUUGGCUGGCCCUGGGGCGUCACUCAAUGCCGGCUUCACCUUUGCGAUCCCGCCCAUUCUAAAAUACGGCAGCCCGGAACUGAAGGAACGCUUCCUCCCCGCCCUUUUGACCGGUCACAAGCGCUGCUGUAUCGCCAUCACUGAACCCGAGGCGGGCAGCGAUGUCGCCAGCAUCACUACAACGGCCACGAAAACGCCAGACGGACAGUAUUACCUGGUCAAUGGUGCUAAAAAGUGGAUCACCAACGGGAUCUGGUCGGAUUACGCGACCAUGGCCGUCCGCACCGGCGGCCCAGGCGCCUCUGGUCUCUCCGUCCUGUUGGUCCCGUUGAAAGGCCACGCCGGGGUCAGCAUGCGUCGGCUGAAGGUCACCGGGCAACUCACUGGCGGAACCACCUACAUCGAGCUGGACGAUGUGAAGGUGCCCGCGGGCAAUCUGGUCGGCCGCGAAGGCGAUGGCAUGCGGAUGAUCAUGACCAAUUUCAACCACGAACGACUCUCCAUCGCGGUUGGAGUCACACGACAAGCCCGCGUGGCCCUAUCGAGUGCCUUCCAGUAUUGUCUCAAGCGGGAGGCCUUUGGCAAGACGCUCAUGGACCAACCGGUUGUGCGGCAUCGACUGGCCAAGGCUGGUGCUGAACUUGAGACGAUGUGGGCAUUUGUGGAGCAGCUGCUUUACCAAUUAUGCCAUUUACCCAAGGAAGAGGCGGAUCUGAAGCUGGGGGGGAUCACGGCACUCGCCAAGGCCAAGGCGGCGAUGGUGUUGAACGAAUGCGCGCAGUGCGCUGUCUUGUUGUUUGGCGGAGCUGGGUUCACCCGCAGCGGACAGGGCGAGCAGGUCGAAGCGAUCCUCCGGGAGGUGCCUGGUGCCCGGAUUCCCGGUGGGAGUGAGGAUGUUUUGCUGGAUCUCGCUGUGCGGCAGUUGGUGAAAAUUUACCAAAAGGGAGAGAAGCAGCGGAAGUCGAAGAUAUAG